AUGUGUCAAAGGAAAUAUACUCUAGAACUAGUGUCAGAGCUUGGCCUAGCAGGUAAAAAGCCAGCAGUUACACCUUUAGAAUUCAAUCAUAAGCUUGCAUCCAUUGAAUUUGACAAGAAGAUACAGAAUGAUAAUACCACAAUGGAUAAGGAACUUGAAGACAAAGGAAGCUAUCAGAGGCUAGUUGGCAGGCUGCUCUACUUAACCAUGACAAGGCCUGACAUUAUCUUUAUGGUUCAAGUAUUCAGCCAAUACAUGCAUGCACCUAAGUUGUCUCACAUGGAGGCUGCUUUAAGAGUAGUAAGGUAUAUCAAGAUCGCUCCUGGCCUUCGAUUGUUCAUGUUUGCUAAGGCAUGCAAGCAGUUAGUUGCAUAUUGUGAUUCUGAUUGGGGUGCUUGUGUGAAGACCAAGAGAUCAGUGACAGGCUAUGCAGUGAAAUUUUAUGAAGCAUUGAUAUCUUGGAAGUCUAAAAAACAAGAAAGUGUUUCUAAAAACUUUGUUGAAGCAGAAUUUUGA